GUUUACGCGUCUGUUAGAUUGCAAAUAAUUUAUGCAAAAAUCGAAUCUUGCAAAAAUAAAAAUUAUAUUUUUUGCUCAGAGCAGAGAACUUAUAGGAAAAGAGUACGAAUACAUAUCAAUCCCUUGCAAAUUAUCUUAUGAUCAUUUAAUUAGCUCUAUUGAAGAAAAUUUGACCCCUCUUAAAAUCUUAAACAAAAAAUUCAGAAUAGCUAAGAAUCUAGAAUAUAUAAAUGAGAAUUAUAGCAUAAUUUUAAAAGACAAUGAUGAAAUUGCUCUCAUAACUCCAAUUGGUGGAGGCUAAAACUUUGAUAUAAUUAAUAUAUAUGGAUUCAUUACCAGAGCCUAAUAAUAAGCCAUUUACUUUGAUUAAUCUGUCUUCAACUGAUAAUUCUCAUUUUAAAAGCAGAUGUAAUGAUAUUUUUGCUAAUUUGAGUAAUUCCACCCUCAAAAAAAAUAUUCUAAAAGAGGAUCUUAGUGAUGAUGAAGAUUCCAACAAAAAUAUUAAAGUUAUUCAAAAUGACAUAAAUAUCAAAUCAAUACUUAAAAUUAAAACAAAAUCAAAUUAUCAACCAAUAUCUGCAAACAAAAAUAUAAGCAUUAUAGAAAUCACUGACCAAAUAGAUAUUGUUAAUGAGAAUGUAAACACAAUACAAAAUAUCAACUAUAAUGAUAAUCCUAUUAACGACAAUUUAGUCACAAUACAAGAAAAUGAAUUUAAUCAGGAUUCUAUUGACAAUGAAACUAUAUAUCAUAGUUCUGAUUCUUCUAUGGACAAUCUUAACAAGACACCAUCUUUAACAAAAUGGGUUAAAUAUGAUUUAAGUGACACUCCAUUAUCUACAGAUGCUGAUAAUAAUAGUUCAGCACUUUCUUUUAUUGAAUCAUUAAAACAUAAAACUGAUGAUGAAAAUAUGGAUGAUUCAAUAGAUCUAGCUCAUCAAACUCAUAAAUUUAGCAAACUAACAACUGUUAAAAAAAUAUCUUUAUCCAAACAACCCAAACGUAAAAUUUUAUAUUUAGAGGAUGAUAUAGAAGAUGCUGAAAAUAAAUCUGAAGAUUUACCUAGAAAGGUUAGUUCUAAAUCUAUAAAAUUGAAUCAUCUUAAUAUAUAUCCUGAUGAAUAAGUUUGGAUUGCCUAAUAUAUAUUUAAUGUUCAAUUUAUAAAAUAUAAAAGUGUAAAUCAAUAAAUAUGAAAAAUUUAAUUGCUUUAUCAAAUGAGCCUCUAGAUGUGAAUAAUAUUUUAAAAUUCCUCACAGAACCAGAAAAUGGUGCCAUAUCCUUAUUUAUUGGCACCACCAGGGAAGAUAAAAUCACUUAUCAAAACAUCAAAUAUAACAACACUAACAAUGAUAAUUUAUCUGUUUUUCAUCCAGAAUCAGAGGGCAAAAAUUUUGAUAUUGAUUUGAUUAAACCAGAUACCAUUUUCAGUACUCACUAUUUAUUAUAUGAAGCCUUUGAGCCAAUGGCUCUUAAAGUAAUGAAUGCUAUAUGUUCAGAAAUAGAUUAUAAUAAUUUUAACCAUUCAAUAAAUAAACAUAAUAUAAUUGAUACCAAUUUAUCCAAAAUAGAUAGUUCAAUAUCAGAAUUUACAGAUCAAUUAACUAUAAAUAAUAUUUCUAAUGAAAUAGGGAAUAUUGCUAUUUUACACAGGCUGGGUAAGGUUAAUGUGGGUGAAACAAGUGUUUGUAUAGGAGUCUCAUCACCUCACAGAAAAUUUGCUAUCAAAGCGGUUGAAUAUGCAAUUGAAAGUUUGAAACAGCGGGUACCUAUUUGGAAGAAGGAGAUUUAUAAAGCUAAAUUUUCACAUAAUACUAUUAUUGAAUAUGGUUGUUGGAAAGAUAAUGGAUGAUUUUUAUGUAAUAUAUAUUAAAUUAUUUGUAAUAUAAAUUCACUAUGAAAUCAUAUGAGUAAUAAAUUUUAAAUCAAUUUCUUUUUAUUAUCAUCUUGAUAUUAUUUUUAAUAUUUUAUCUCAAUUUAUAAUCUUAAUUACUAAAAUACAUUAUUUGCAA